ACGAACGUUGAAACGUUGAAUGGCUCCACAGUAGCCAACGGAAAUUCAUGCACACACACACAUAUAUAUAGUCUCAACCGAAUAGUCUCACAAAUAUAAAUGGUCACAAUUUGUACAUACAUACACACACAUGAUUGAACAAAAGCGAGCAUUGAAAAGUGUUAGAAACGGAUUUUGAAGGCGAACAAAAAGGAAACGCGUAUAUUUCCGGUGGUGCGCUAAAAAUAAAUCGAGUAUAAAGAAUAAAUAUUUGUAAAAUAAAUCUAAAGAAAUAAAAUAAAGGAUACUUAAUUAUAAUAUUUUUUUAUUUAGUUGUGAAAUAAUUUAACAGUGUGUCUAGCAAGGAUCUGACUACUAGUGCGUUUAAGUGAUAUUUUAGCGUGUUUAAAAAUAUCAAUUUGAACAAAAGAUUGAAAAUUAUUCAACGCAUAUACUUAAAAAAAAAUAUUUUAAUCAGAAAUAAAUAAAAAAACAAAACGUUAGUAAAUGAAUUGCAUCGAAAAAUUGAAAACAUAAACUAAAAUAAUUUAUAUAAUCAUAAUUGUCUACGGUAGUGGUCUUAAAAUUUUUUAUAUAAGCAACCAAAUCAUCAAGUGCUGGAUUACGGGUUUUAGUGAGCCAUUUUCAACGUUUCAAUUACAACAACAGCAUACAUUGAAUAUCAGUAUUGAUUAGCGUGAAUUUGACCAUAAUUUAUGCUUGGCAUCUCAUUUAAUUAGGCAACUUAAGUUUUUUAAAUUUAAACAAAAAAGAAAACAAACUACAAAAAAUGGACUACUACAUCAACACAAUUUACGCUGGCUGGCGUGAUCUCAUGGACAACAAAUCCGAUCCGCGCACGCGAGAUUGGCCAUUAAUGAGUUCACCAUUCCCCACCAUUGCAAUCAGUUUGUCCUACGCAUACUUUGUGAAGGUACUUGGUCCCAAAUUGAUGGAAAACAGAAAACCUUUUGAAUUGCGCAAAGUCUUAAUCGUUUACAAUUUUGCGCAAGUACUAUUCAGCGCUUGGUUAUUCUAUGAGUCCUGCAUUGGUGGUUGGUUGAAUGGUUACAACAUCAGAUGUGAGCCUGUGGACUAUUCAAAUUCGCCAAGAGCGUUAAGGGUUGCACGAGGUUGUUGGUGGUACUACAUCUCCAAAUUCACCGAGUUCUUCGAUACACUAUUUUUCGUGAUGCGCAAACGCUAUGACCAAGUGUCGACACUGCACGUCAUCCAUCACGGCAUUAUGCCCUGCUCCGUUUGGUGGGGCGUGAAAUUCACACCCGGCGGGCAUUCGUCAUUCUUCGGUUUUCUCAACACCUUCGUACACAUCAUCAUGUACACCUACUACAUGUUGGCUGCCAUGGGACCCAAAGUACAAAAGUAUUUGUGGUGGAAGAAAUAUCUCACUGUCUUGCAGAUGAUCCAAUUCGUAUUGGUUAUGGUGCACUCAUUCCAGUUGUUCUUCAAAAACGAUUGCAACUAUCCCAUUGGCUUUGCAUACUUCAUUGGCGCGCAUGCAGCUAUGUUCUAUUUCCUCUUCUCGGACUUCUACAAACAGGCCUAUCUGAAGCGAGAGCAGAAGAAGGAUAGACUAGCAGCCAAUGGCAAGCUGAGCAACGGCUAUGCAAAUGGCGCACUGAAAGCCAAUGAAGAGCAGCAGUUCAAAGAGAUUAACGGCAACCUCAAAGUGCAGGAUAAUAACAAAUUUGAUGGUUACUACAAGUCCACACUGGCGUCGCAAUCGCCAAGUCUCGCUACAACAGCAGCAACAGCAACAACAACGAGACAGCGGGUCUUUGCCACGGCGAAUAAUUAAUUUAUAAAAAUCUUAUCUAAUAAUUUAAAGAAAAGUAAAAAACGAAAAAUAGAUAUUUAACUUUAAGUUACUCGCUCUUAAGGCUUUUGUAGUUAUUUGUAUGAGAAUGUACGUUAAAAGCAAAAGAAAAACAUAGAUAAAGAAAAACAAAGAUAUAGAUAAACGAAAGAAAUACUAAAGAAAAGAAAUUAAAUGAAUGUAAAAAAAUUUCAAAAUUUAUACAGACGCAUAGAUACAAGAAAAAAGAAACAAGAAAAGUAAUUACAUACUUAAGUUGUACUUAAAGGAGUAUUUUAAAUGUCAAGUCACAUAGACUUGUAUGUAAGAAAAUAAAUUUAAAAAAUAAUAAUCCGGAUAAUACUUGAAAUGCAAGUAAACAAAAAUGGUGGAAUUAUGCAGCUGAAGUAUUAAGAGCAGUACGAAAGAAAGAUGGAUGGAAGUGUGGGCCGCUUAGAUUUUCUAAAUGUGGGUAAGAACAGACUAUUAAUUGGGCACUCGCUUGAAUUGUGUUUGCAAUACCUGUAAAUAUGUGAUUCAAAAUUACAUUUGUGGAUAUUCCACGCUAAGGAAAAUAAUUAAGCCAAAUAUGACUACUUUUAUGCUUAGUAGUACGAGUAGUAGUUUUUUUUUUUUCUUCAAAUUAUAAUGAGCUGACCAAUUUUAAGGAUUACGCCUGAAUUUAGUGCUGACAAAGAAGCACUAACAAUAACAAGAGUGCUUUAAAGAUUUUACAGUUAUCGAAUUUCAAACUAUUAAAAAUUAUGUGAUAUUCUAAGUCCCCGGAAUAAUUAUGCUAAGGAAUAAUUCUGCUAAAAAAAUUAAUUUUAAACGAUCUUCACACGCAAAAGUUCUCAUUAUCGGCGUUCGCAAUUACCAGUCCUUGACGCAGAUAACGAGAACUUUUGCGUGUGAAGAUCGUGCAGAAUUGGAUGCAUGCUUAUCCUCAUAUUUUAGAUAAAAUGUCCAACUACAGGUUCAAAACACUCUAAUGGCCUUAGGUAGAAACAUCCAUCAAAAUUGUGGAAUUCGUGAAAAAAAAUUUGCCCAAAUAAUUCUUCAAAAAAUCACCGAAUGCAGUGAAUGCAGUUAAAUACAGGAAAUCCAUAUCAAGAAAGUCGAUAAUACAAGAUGAAGUCCAAAAUAAAAAAGACUGGCGUCAUAGAAAUAUUUUUGAUGGCGCCAUCUUUUUAAUGAGUUAGUGAAAGCUUGGUGACAUUCGGUUCAGUUUCUAUUUUAGCUCAGUCUUGUCUAUUUUGGACCUUGUAGGUAUACGCAAAUAAUUUAUAACAAUUUUUGCAAAUUAUGAAAUUUUGGUGUUCAUGUAACCAAAAAACUUGCAAAGUAGGGGAGAGUGAGAGGGCAAAAUGACAUUUCCUUUUUGAAAGAAAGUUGCAAUUUUUACUGGAUAAACUUUUUCUUGUAAGAAAAUCAGCUGAUUACAAAGUAAAAGUAAACAAGAAUUCAAAUUGGCUAAUUGAGUCAAAAUUGUAAACUUAAAUUAAUUUUUUUAUUAAAAUGGAGAAUGAAAUGGAAGAAAUUAUUGUGAACAAACAUAAAUUAUGUGAUGCUCAGCUCGGUAUUUUGCAUUUUAUGUGCUAAUUUUUCUAAUUUUUUUAUUUAAUGCGAGGUAACUCAACUGAUUUUUUUUUGUAAUUUUUCCCGCUAAAAAUUAAAUCAGCUAUUCGUGAAACUGGCAAAUUAUUACCGGUUUUGCGUUCAUGUCCUUAUUUAUUUUAGAAUUUUUUUUCUUUGAGAGCGAAUUCUCAUAAAUUAGAUUACUUGCAAGUUACUGCAUAAUUUUUAAUUAUGUUUGAAUUUUUAGGACGUGAAUUUAAAUAAGUCAGUAUGAGAGAUUCAUAAAGUUAAACCGAUUGCACCUACUCUUCUUCAAGCAUUUUCUUCAAAACUUUAUUUGGAAAUGCAUUCCGCGCUGGAAAAAUAGUUUAUUUUUACAUUUAUUGGCAGACCAAGGAAGUUAUGGCUGUGGAAUAAUAAUUUCUGAGCGAAGUUGGUAGUGCUAGAAAUUAUUUCGCCCUGAAACGCUUGAAAUAUCUCCUCCAAUAAGCGAACAAAAAUCCAGAACUGAAAUGCAUCUCGCAUCCUCUAAAAUGGUUGAUAAGUGGCACGGCGCAGGUACAUGGGACAAGCCAUGUUUUUCCGCAAAUUGCUUAUCCUCAUUUGGAGAUUUUUCAUUUUUUAUUCACAAAUAAAUGAUAUUUUUCAUAUGACAUGUAUUUAAAAAAAAAAAAAUUCAAAUGGAAAAUUAAAAAACAAAAACUCCAAAUAAAUAAAAUUUUGAAAAUAAUAUCAAAAUUGCCCCAUAAAUUCAUGAGCAUACCUCCAACGCAUAAAGGCAACAUUGUAAAAUAUAUGCCAAAUGUCAGAAAAUGAACAGAGAAAGUUGCCUUAUUAUAUUUAUUAAUAUUAUUUCCUAAGGUCCCAGAGAAAAAUAGAACAAAGCUGCCUUAUUACCUCAGCUUUAUCAUUCCGCCAUGAGUGAAUAGUUAGUAAACUUCCGUGAAUAUUUAUCAAGACGCAUUUAUUAAUGAAGAUGGCACUAGACCAACAACAACGUUUUGUAUUAUACAUUAGAAUGUCAUGACAAAAGAAAAUAGAAAAGAAAAAGAAAAUAGAAAAGAAAAGGACGAACUGCGUUGCCGCACAGUCGACUUGCAGUUGGAGUCAGCUGCAUACGGUGAUGGUGCGAAUGGAACGGCUUUUCGUCAUUUUUGCUGGCAUCCUAAUGCACACGGCGAAAGAAAUAAAAAACAAAUCAGUUGGUCUACUGAAAUCACCUUUAAUAGAUUCGGCUUGAUAUUUGUGUAUUUGAUAAAUGAAAAAAGAAUUGUAAAAAUUAGGUGGUCUCAAUAAGUGAAAAAUCGGAAAUCAAGUUAAAACGAACAGAACUUCAGCACAAAAUAUGAAUGCUUGUGCGUUUUACUUACCCUAUAUCUUUCUUUAUUCUUCUUCUUACAAUUACAUACAUACAUACAUUUUAUUCAAUAUACCUUUGUGAUUCUUUUGUACUUAACGCCAAACUUAUUUUUUUAUUUUUUUUUGGUUUUAUGAAGAGCAUACAACAUGAUUUGCAUUCUAUUCUGUGAUUUGUUGUUGUGCUGUUAAACUUUUUUAGUAUUUUCUGUGUUGGUGUACUUGUAUUUUUUGUGGUUGAGUGACUUUUCGAGAUUUUAUUUUUGUAUAAAGGCAGCUGUAUAGACAUAUUUAUACAUACAUACAUACGUGUGCAAUUAAAAAACAAAAACAACAUCAAGCAAAACUACUCAAUGAAAUCAUGCUAUGCUGUAAAAUAACACAAAUAUAUGUACAUAUGUGCAUAUUUAUGCAAAAAAUCAAUAAAUAAAUAAAAUAUAUUUUAUAUUUUUUAUGAUGAGAAGAAAAUA